AGCUGAGCUGUGAGCAAUAGUUCAGUAGAUGUGGGAUACAGAGUGGGAUACGCAGCAGAACAAGAUCAGAUGGCAGAUAUACUAAGAAAGUGAGAGACACGUGGAUGAGGAGAGACUGCUGGUCGCUGCUGCUGCUGCUGUGAGGAGAAGCUGUGAAGAAACAAAUUGUUGACUGGACCGGAUGAGCAGGCCCUGAAUUUAUUUAAUUAGACCGCUGUUCUAUUUUGAGAGUGAAAAUUAUGACUUCAGAGCUCGGCUGAAGUCAUUCUGUGAUUUCUAGUCGGUUUCUGAACCCCUUGGACAUCAAGCCAAACCUUGCCAGAUUUGGUGGAGAAAUAUAUAAAUUUUAAACCUGGGAGGAACAUGAAGAUAUUCACUGGUUAUUCGCUUUCCUUUCUUGGGAUGAUAAAGUGGUUCUACCCCUGACCGACGAGAAGAAGUGGAAGGAGCCUGAAGAAAACCAUGCAACAAUUUGGCUAAAAAGAAGCUUUAGAAAAGAAAGGAAACUAAAAGAAGAUCUACUUUCAUCAGGAGCACAUGAACGAAAGGAGUCGACGACUGGUAUUAAGUUUUCGCCCAACAGAGCUGCGCGCCUCUGUGAGCUGGCUCAGCUGUGCCUGAGCCGGGCCGGUUGCGUGAAGAGCCCCCCCUGGCUGUGUUCCACUGCGGCAUGAGCGUAGGCAGGGCCCACCACCACCGCAGCUUUCUGUCCUGUGAAGAAGAAGGACUCAGACUGAGCACCAUGCCGGCCGUGGGCAGCUUCGGCAACGGCAAGAUCCACACGAGACGCAAAGGCCACAGCCGGUUUGUCAACAAGACCGGCCAGUGCAACGUGCACUUCUCCAACAUGGACGAGAAGUCCCAAAGGUAUAUGUCAGACAUUUUCACCACUUGCGUGGACAUCCGCUGGCGAUACAUGUUCCUGCUGUUCAGCUUGGUGUUUGUGGUGUCCUGGCUGACGUUCGGCUUGGGCUUCUGGGUCAUCGGCCUCCUGCACGGUGACAUGGAAAGCAACCGGGGGGAUGACAGUUUUGUUCCCUGUGUCACACAGGUGAACACCUUUGUGACGGCCUUUUUGUUCUCCAUUGAGACCCAGACGACCAUUGGUUACGGGGCUCGCUGUGUGACAGAGGAGUGCCCAGCGGCUGUCUUCAUGGUAGUCUUUCAGUCCAUCAUGGGCUGCAUCAUCGACGCCUUCAUGAUCGGCGCCAUCAUGGCCAAGAUGGCGCGGCCCAAAAAGCGCGCGGAGACGCUGCUGUUCAGCCACAACGCGGUGAUCGCCAUGCGGGACGGGAAGCUAUGCUUCAUGUUCAGGGUUGCCAACCUGAGGAAGAGCCACAUUGUGGAGGCGCACGUUAGGGCUCAGAUGGUGAAGCCCCGCUACACAGAGGAGGGCGAGUACAUUCCCCUGGAACAGAUCGACAUGAACGUCGGCUACGACAAGGGCACAGACCGCCUGUUCUUGGUCGCUCCCCUCACCGUCAUCCACGAGAUCGACGAAGAGAGUCCUCUGUUCGGGAUCAGCAAGCACGACCUGGAAACGUCCGACUUUGAGAUCGUGAUCAUCCUGGAGGGGCUGGUGGAGGCGACGGCCAUGACGACGCAGGCGCGCAGCUCCUACCUGCCCUCCGAGAUCCUGUGGGGCCACCGCUUCGAGCCCGUCGUCUUCGAGGAGCGGAGCCAGUACAGGAUCGACUACGCCUACUUCCACAAGACCUUCGAGGUGCCGUCCACCCCCGGGUGCAGCGCCAAAGACAUGGAGGCGAGGAAGUUCCCCGCGUCCGGCGCCAACUCCUUCUGCUACGAGAACGAGCUGGCCUUCAUCAGCAGGGACGAGGAUGCGGAUGGAGACGCGGAGAAAGACAAAGACAAGAGGUGUUCGUCGGAGCUAACCCCCACCGAACGGAAUCAGCCAUCUUCUCGACGAGAAUCAGCUCUUUAACCUUCAUCCGCCGGGCUGUGGGACUGAUGUGGCUGAAGCGGGUCGGCUUGUGAAUGUCACUCUGCUGACACAAAGACGCCGAUAAGGACAUCUUCGUCACAGCGUGAAGACCAGUGGCUCUCCAUGUUCGCCACACAAGGAAUACUUUCAAAACUUCACGGGAAGCAUGCUUUUUUUUUUCUUUUCUUCCUUUUGAGACGGUUCUUGAGCUUUAUUAGAUGCAAACGAAAACUGUCCCGUUUCACUGCAAAGCACCCUAAUACUGAAGUGCAUGAAAUCAACAUGGUUUUAUAUUUACGUAUUUUGGAGAAAAGCCUCACAGCUUCGACGGGACUAUGUGUGGACGCAAGAUUAAACACAGAAAAGAGUAUAAUUUAGUAAAGCAAAUUCAUAGAAUAUUCCACCGAGCUCUUCCUGCAGAAAACAGGUUUUCAUCUCAACAUCGAUACCUUGCAGCUGCAAGACUAUACGUCUGUUUCUGAUUCUGACAGCUUGACUCGGAAACAGCCCACUGAUGGAAACACAUGUCGUCGGGGUAGAUAAUCUGCCACAUGAAGGGGAAAAAUUGUCACUGCCAGAUUAAUACUAAAAAAAAAAAAGUCUCCUUAAGGUUAAUAAAUAUUUUAAGAUCACGGCCUGUCACCUUGAAUGUUUCCACAUUUUGUCACAUUACCUCAAACUUCAGUGUUUGUUAUUGGGAUUUUAUGCAAUGGAUCAUCAGAAUGCAGUGAAGAACUGGGAUGUCCUGGGGAAAAGACACAUGGAUUUAAAACGUUUUCACAAAUAAAACUUUGAAAAGUG